AUGGAGGGAAAGGUGGAUAUUCAGCAGAGCGUGGUGAAGCUGGUAGCUGCAUUUGAAGAGCACUGCAGGGACAGCACAUCUGCCCAGAGGGACAAGCAGGCAGCCAGCCAGCCCCAACAGCUUCCAACAUUCCCUGCCAGCCAGAGCCGCUCCCUGACCAGAGAAGAGAAUGAGGAGAAGGAUCAGCAAGGUCGGCGUGGACUCAGCUUCAAAUGCCUCCGUUCACUGCGAUACAAAAUCCGUGAGGAUGACUGGAGGAGGCCACAGGGCCCAGGCCUGGAGCCUGGCAGCCAGGAACCAGAGGAAAAGAAAAUUGCACUGGAGCUGCUGGACACAGAGCAGGCUUAUGUCAACCGCCUCCACCUCCUUGACCAGGUAUUCUAUACAGAGCUGAUGAAAGAAGCCAAAACUGGAAAGACAGUCCCAGAGGAAGUGGUGAAAAUGAUCUUUUCCAACAUCUCCUCCAUCUACCAGUUCCAUGCUGAGUUCUUCCUGCCAGAGCUGCGGAAGCGCAUGGAGGAUUGGAACCGCAACCCCCGCAUUGGGGAUGUGAUCCAGAAGCUUGCACCCUUCCUCAAGAUGUAUGGGGAGUAUGUGAAGAACUUUGACAAGGCCGUAGAGCUCAUCACUGCCUGGUCAGAGAAAUCACCCCCCUUUCAGGAGCUCAUUGCUGACAUCCAGAAGAGGAAGGUCUGUGCUAACCUGACGCUGCAGCACCACAUGCUGGAACCUGUGCAGAGAAUCCCACGCUACGAGCUCCUCCUGAAGGAUUAUGUCCGGAAACUCCCGCCCCAGUCCCCGGACAGGGGCGAUGCCGAGAAGGCCCUGGAGAUGAUUUUUAUGGUGGCCAAGCACUCCAAUGCAGCUAUUGCCGAGAUGGAACGGCUGCAGAACCUCUGGGUGGUCUAUCAGAGGCUGGGCCUCGAGGAUGACAUCGUGGAUCCCUCCAACGAGCUGAUCAAGGAGGGACCAAUCCAAAAAAUCUCCACCCGCAACAACAGCACAUCGGAGAAGUACCUGUUCCUGUUCAACAACAUGCUGCUGUACUGCGUGCCCAAGGUCAUCCAGGUGGGCGCCGAGUUCCAGGUCCACCUCCGCAUGGAUGUGGAGGGCAUGAAGGUGCGGGAGCUGAAGGACACUGAGUUCCCUCACACCUUCCUGGUCUCGGGAAAGCAGCGGACGCUGGAGCUCCAAGCCAGGUCUUCAGAGGAGAUGAAUGCCUGGAUCAAGGCCUUCCAAGAUGCCAUUGACAGGAAGGAGAAGAAGAGUGAGACCUUUAAGGCAGCAGUUCAUGGACUGGAGACGGACACCCCUGCACUGAAGACAGAGGAGCUGGGCCGCCGAGCCCCACAGUGGGUGCGGGACAAUCUGGUGACCAUGUGCAUGCGCUGCAAGGAGCCCUUCAACGCCAUCACCCGCCGCAGGCACCACUGCCGAGCCUGUGGAUAUGUGGUGUGUGCUCGCUGCUCCGACUACAAGGCCGAGCUGCAGUACGAUGGGAACCGCCCAAACCGCGUCUGCCAGGAGUGUUUCAUCUUCCUGACCGGCCACACGGUGCUCGAGGACCGCGAGGGGAAGUACAAAGGCAUCCUGGAGAAAGGAGCUGCAGAGGUAUCAAGCAGGAGCUUGCUCUGCAGUUCCCUGCAGCUGCUGGACAAGAACGGGAAGGGGGGCACGCGGGGCUGGUUCGUGAUCCCACAGGACGAUCCCCUCGUGCUCUACGUCUAUGCAGCCCCCCAGGAUGUCCGAGCCCACACCUCCAUCCCCCUGCUGGGCUACCAGGUGCGGGACAUGCCCCAGAGCGAGUCCCGGCACCUCUUCCAGCUGGCGCAGUCCCGGCAGGUGUUCACCUUCAUGGCCGACACUGAGGAGCUGAAGCGGCGCUGGAUGAAGGCCAUGGCACGCUCUGCCGCGGGGAUCACACACCCAGAGGAGGAGGAAGAAGAGGAUGCAGGCCCCUGUGAUGAAGCAGAAUGA